AUGAAGUUCACUAUCGGCUCUCUGCUUCUGGCUGCUAGUGCAGCCCUCGCUGUCCCCAUCGUUGAGCGAGAUAGCUCUAUUCAGAUCAGUGACUUCUGGGCUAGAGCUAGUCCGGGCUCCUCCGCUACGAUGCAUUUCGUCGCAACUGAUCCAAACUAUCCUAACGAUACCCCUACCGACUGCAACCUGAUAUGGACAUACGGAUCUUCGCCCAAGGAAAGUGCCCGGUGCAACAACAGUCAAUACUAUAUCCACUUCCCUGAUGGUGCUGUGGACUUCAACCGGUUUACAUUGGGACUUGAGAGGAUUUCAGGCCCGAUUGCUGAGAAUGGCCAUGUCUUUUUGAGCUCGGGUACACAGUGGUCCUGUGUAGACAACCCGGAAAACAAUGUUCAGCUGAGCUGCUCUUAUGAUGGUGUUCUUAGCAUGCCCGUGUGA